CGAUCGAUUCCUCAGAAAAUCCUAGAAAAUCUCCCAGAUGUCGAUGGAAACAUACCUUUCUCUCUUUCUCUCUUUCUCAUCUUCAUCGUGAUCACCCAAUCAGCCAAAUUAGCUCCCACCCUUUUAAUCGAUCGAUUACAAAUCGCAAUCCAAUGCCUCGACAUGAAGUUUCAAUCUUUACCCUAAUUUCCAUUUCGAUUAGCCAAAUCCAAUAUCAAAUUUAGAGUUUUUUCAUAUGGACUUCCCUAUCGGAAUUAGCAUUCUUUUUUGCUCGAUCUCGAAAGGGAGUCGAAUCCUUUACUACCACAGCCUCGAUCGCAACCUGGAAUCCCUCGCCUUCGCCGCCCUACAAACUGCGCCACCUUUCCAUUUCCGGUACUCCCAUACCACCGGAGAUCGAACCUUUGCUUUCCUCUUCGACGACGACGGGCACACCUACUUCUGUAUCGCCGAACCCUCCCCAGAUAUCAUCCGCUUCCUUGAGCUCGUGCGCGAUGGCUUUCGCAAUAGUGUCAACAAAGAUCUCAUCCCCGUUUUCCACGACUCGCCGUCAUCGGCUUUGAUGAAGACGGCCGAGGCUCCGUUGUUGAGCAGAAGCAGGAGCGAUCACGAGGGCAGGGGGGCACCAGGAGAGAUGUGGAUCGAGAUGGAGGUUGAGCCGGCGGGGCCGAUGCCGCUUCAGAAGAGCUUGAGCGCUAGAAAUCGGAUGCAGCAGAAUGGGCGGCGAUUGUGGUGGCGGUAUGUGAAGAUUUUGGUUGCCAUUGAUUCGCUUCUCUGCUUGGUUUUGUUUGGGAUUUGGUUGGCGGUGUGCCGAGGUUUUCAGUGUAUUGUGUAAAGGAGCUUUUUUUUAGACGAGCUUGGUGAGAAGGUGAGAGUUUUUUUUUUAUUAUUUUUUUUUAUUACUAUUUUGUACAUAGUCUGGCUUGCUAUGCUCUGCAAUAAUGAGUCUGCACGUAUCUUUAGAAUUAGAGUAGUGAGGAUAAUGAGAUAAUGGUUUAUGUUAAUCUUCUUCACCCUCGUUUGAUUGUUUUAUGAUAUGAGUCUUUUUCCCUGUU